AUGGCGCUCCCACAAGCAGAACUAUUCGAAGACCAGUUUCCCCUGAUCCAAAGCUGUCCUGCACUGAACGAAAUCCGCCUUGCCCAAGAAAUUAAAGAUCUGACGAUAGAGGUAGGUUCCCUCACCGUGGACAUUUGUGUGUGUGCGCGCGUUUUAGGUAAAGGACGGCUGUGUUCUUUACGUCCAUCGAAUAAUACUAGCUGCUCGUAUUCCUUCUUUGCGAGCGGCUCUCUGUGGACCCCUCGGAGAGGGGAAUUCGGGACUAAGAUGGCCAACAGUGCCUCUCAGGUCGGUUCUCUAAUUUUGUUUAUACACUUUCACAGCCUCGCAGUCGCACUCGUCCGCUAUGUUUACACUGGUCAGGUGGAGCUGACACAAGCUAACGUUAGGGGGAUGGUUACGCUUGCAAGAAUGCUGAAGCUCCCUAACCUGUUUAAAUGGGGAGUGACAUUCAUGACCAAGGGGUACGCAUUUUCCGAUUAUUCCUGUCGAACUGCCUGCUCUAAAGAGUCCAUUUAGGAAAUCUACCGGCAACCUGGGACUUUGCCAGGUCUCUGAAUGCUGAAUUACUGGUGAAUACCUGCAUCAGUCUGAUGAAGGAGCAGUUUGAGCACUUUGUACCGACUGACCUCUUUGUUCGCUUACCAGCCGAAACCGUGUUGACUUUGCUUCGAAGCGAAGACCUAUCUGUAGGAUCUGAGGAGCAAGUUAUUGCGGCUAUUGCACGGUGGGCGGGUGUUGGUGACGGAGCUGGUAGCAAGAAGCUAAAAGUACAGGUGCCAGCUAUGCUAAAAGAGGUCCAGUGGCACCUAACGACUGCUCAAUGCCGCGAUCGCCUAAUGGAGUGUUAUCCAGCAUUCCACAAAAGCCUCGACUGCUCGUAAGUCCGUGCCAUUCAGUCUCGUUACUUUUAUACGAAAGUUGGCUUAUGGCUCGGAUUGCGAAUUGGAUCGGCGCUGCAGACAAGGACAAGCCGCCAUGUCCAUUCAAUAUGAGGCCUCGUGUACGCCAAACAUUCUUUCUCUUUGGAGAGGACCAAGAUCGGAGCAGGUGGUGCGUCAUCCGCGCUGAUCCGCGCCUGCAAGGGGCAGAACAGAUUGCUGACAUGGAAGAGCGCUGGUGGGCCUCCUACAGUGUCGUGGGCGGUGAGUUGUCUGAGAGCGCAUACUGCUUGAUUUUUCGUUGAAGAUUAAUGUCCCUGCGCAGCAUCAUGGCAUCAGCUCGUUUGCCACUGUGUAGGUAUUUCGAGCUCCUGUCAUUGCCCAUUGUAACAUAUGUACUUGCGGUUUUGAAGAAAGAAGAAUAGAAAGAAAAAAAAAGAAAAUAACAAAUAUAUAAGUGAACUUUUUGUCGUAUUCGGCGGCUACCUGUGUUUUUUUAAAGAUGACAUAUCUGACAGUUACAGUGCGUGACCUAUCUCACUAAAAGUUGGCUGAAAUUCUGAAAUGCGUUUUCGAUUAGGAAGGAUUACUUGGCCUCGGUUGUGAUACUGAUUAACUUAAGGCAUACUCUUAUAACAUUUUGGACUCGGCAGGAUGUCGGCUUUUAAAUGCACUUCUUUUCAAUCUACUAGAGAAAGCGUGCUUGGUAAAAAAUGACUACUUAAGUAGCAUGCAUUUUUCCCAUUGAUUUUCGAUGGUCUUGGAAAUUCAAAUAUAUUUUAUAGAAACCACAAACAAAAAUGUGCUUUCUUUUUGUCAAUCAAUAGCGAAUUAGGUCUUCUUUAUAUUUUAUACUUAAGGAGGAAGUAUAAUUAGGUUUUUAAAAAGUUUUCUAAUUGCCGAAACAUUUGGAGCCUGAUCAUUCGUUGCAUUAGCCCUUAGUGAUUACACUCUACAAGGUGCAUGCGUUCCGCGUAAAGCAAAUCCCAUAUUUUUCUAUGUCAUUAAAGAGAUAUCAUACAUGGUCCGUGAAAUUUUGCAAUAGAUGCGGACCAUGUUGUACAUUUCAUGAGGAGCAGUGGUAAACGGCCAGGUACGAUGCUAUGUGAAUAGACAUAUCGCGGUCUUAAAAAGUCUCAUAAUUAGAAGCUUUUUUAAAACCUAAUUAUAAUCCUUCCUUAAGUAUAAAAUAUAAAGAAGACAUAAUUCGCUAUUGAUUGACAAAAAGAAAGCACAAUUUUGUUUGUGGUUUCUAUAAAAUAUAUUUGAAUUUCCAAGACCAUCGAAAAUCAAUGGGAAAAAUGCAUGCUACAUAAGUAGUCAUUUUUUUACCGAGCACGCUUUCUACAGGAGCUUGAAAAGAAGUGCAUUUAAAGCCGACAUGCUGCCGAGUCCGAAAUGUUAUAAGAGUAUGCCUUAAGAUAAUCACUAUCAUAACCGCGACCAAGUAAUCCUUCCCAAUCGAAAACGCAUUUCAGAAUGUCAGCCAACAUUUUAUGAGAUAGGUCACGCACUGUAUUUUGUGCAAAGUCUCUUGACCUCAGCCGGAUGCUUUAUGCGUUACUUCUUCCAUCUCCCCGGAAGAGAGCAUUUUCGUUGUUGGAGGAGAGUGGGAUGGUUCUACGCGUGUUGAUGAGUUUCUGGUGAGAGAAGGGCGUUGGCGCCAGCGGGCACCCCUCGCUACUGAACGCCGGUGGCACGCAGCCGCAGUCAUGAAGGCUCACGUCGCCGCCGCCGCCGCCGCCGACGGAGAGAAGGCUCUGAUUGGCGUUUUCGGUGGAUGGGGUGGAGAACGCCUCUCCUCUUGUGAACUCUAUGACGUCAGUCAGAACAGGUGAGAAGACGCUUGUUGUGGCGCAUCUUUUUUGCAAAAUAUUUUCCCUCUUCUUCUCACUCAUCAUCCGCUCUCCUCGGCCCGAACAGAUGGCACAAAUUGCCCGAUAUGCGGGAGAAGAGGGACGGUCCAGCUGCUGCCUGCCUGCCCGGCGAUAGUCGGGUCUUCGUUUUUGGCGGUCGAGAUGACCGCACCCCCGCGCUUGCUUCCGUGACGUUCUGCCAUCUGCGAGCAGACUGGCGAGAGAGGGCGACCUUUGCACGCACCGAGGACUUUUGGCUGCCAGCAGCCCCCAUGAGAACUUCUCGACGGGGGCUUGCAGCGACACCCCUUAGGGGAGCAAUACUCGUCGCCGGGGGCUAUGACGGACGAAGGACUGUUAACGCUGUGGAAAUGUUUACGCCGCCAGAUGCCAGGUGUCCGCUCGGCCAGUGGACAGCGCUGGCUGACAUGAAGGAGCCCCGUUCAUGGUUCACUCUUCUCGCCUCUGCCAACGCCGUUUUUGCUCUCGGUGGUAAUGCAACACAAUUAGAUGAAUCCUUUCUUUCUCCCCCUUCCUCUCUCCUUCAUGCCAUUCGAUGCACUCACCAGCGUAGCCUAUCUUGUAAGCUAGACAGCCUAAACCAUCUGCAUGUGACACUAGCUGUAAAUGUAAUUUGACGUGAGGUUGGAGGUCUUUCAUGCGCACAGCUGUACCAAAGCCAGAAGUAUUCGGUUCAUCGUGAAUACUUCCUACAUUUCUGUCCGUUCUUUAGCAGCCUCACUGGGGGGGGGGGGUAUUCGAAACCUCCUACUUCUUCAUGUUGACAGACAUCAAUUCCGGUCUCUGUUCUCUGACAUUAUUUUUUAAAUUUGCAGGCAGCGACAUCGGACAGAAAAAUACGGUCGAGGUUCUUACUGCACCAGGAGGUUCAGUUGACCUUGACAAUGACUUGACGUCUUGGAUAUGGUCGUCCAAGGACUCAGUGAAAACGCUUAACUGGAUUAUUGGGGCCGCAAGCGUCCGCAUGUAA